AUGGAGCCCGCCCAGGGCACGGCCCCGGCCUGCGGCCACCGCGGCCUCGCGGGGCUGCUCGCCGGCCUCACCGUAGCCUUCUGCCUCCUGGCCUAUGCUUGGCGCCUGGGGCCCGGGCUGAGGCCGGCGCCAUGCCGUGCCAGGCCGUGGCACAACGGCAGCAGAGCGGUGCCGGGGCAGGCACGGGCCGCACUGCUGGUCAUGCUCUGGAACUGGCCCUUUGGGCAGCACUUCAAGCCGCGGAACUGCUCGGUCAUCUAUGGCAUCCCCGACUGCCACUUCACCACCGACCACAGCUGGUACCCGGAGGCCGACGCCGUCAUCAUGCACCACAAGGAUGUCAGUGCCAGGCCCAAGCAGCUGCCCCUGGGCAUGCGGGCGCCAGCGCAGCGCUGGAUCUGGUUCAACCUGGAGUCGCCCACUAACUCACCCAACCUCUUCAUCCACGUUGACGACUUUGCCAGUGCCCGGGACCUGGCACGGUACCUGCAGGAGCUGAGCGAGGACUCGGAGAGAUACAAGCGCUACUUUGAGUGGCGGCAAYGGCUGAAGCCUGUGGUCACGUCCGGGUGGGCCAUCCACCUCUGCCGGGCCUGUCAUUUCCUGCAGUCGGAGGCCAGGUACCAGGUGGUGGCUGACCUGUCCACAUGGUUCGUGUAGCCUGCCCCGUUGGGUUCGUGUCGCCAACUCUGCCAAGGCCGGGGCUGGUCCUGGGCUCUGGUUUGCGGUGAGAUGCUGCCUUU